UGGGUGGUACCUUCUGGAGUUCAAGUAAGCUCCACCACGUGACGUGGAGAAGACCAAUCAGGUGCAUCUCCAGGUUUAACUACGUUAAAUGUCAGAUUGCAAUAAACUAGAAGCUGUUGGUCAGGCCCGCGGAAAUGGGCGAGCAUAAUCUUCUUAAUCCUGGGUUUGUGGGACCUUUGGUAAACAUCCACACUGGAGAUACGUUUUACUUCCCGAAUUUUAGAGCCUCAGGGGGACAACUGGCGGGGCUACCGUCUCUCUCGUACCCAAGAAGGGACAACGUGUGCUCCCUCCCGUGGAAUCCAUCGGAGUCGUGCAAUGGAUAUCCACAGUCCUACUUUAGUAGCCCUCUGUCCAUUAAUCCGUCUUUCAACCGAUCCUGUGCUGAAACAACCCGACCGGAGGAGAAAUGUUAUUAUGGCGGCAGCGGUAGCAACAGAGAGGCUUGCUCUGACGGCACAGUCAGCCUAAAACGAGAGGAGAGGACAAGGGAGACAUCAGUAUCAUCAGAUCACGGGGUGCACAAUGGGAUGGGCAACAACAAUAAUACCUUCACCAAGUAUGACUAUGGCACAGAACAUCUGACCCCAAACCCGCCGUCCUGUCAGUCUCUCGAAUCCGAUUCCAGCUCCUCGGUGCUGAACGAUGGAGGAAAAAGCUCGACAAACGAUACACAGACCCUGAUAUCGCCCGCAAACCACACAAGCAAUAUCUCAACAGGAGGAGGUGCCCCGUGGUAUCCAAUGCACACCCGGACUCGCAAGAAACGAAAACCUUAUUCUAAACUGCAGCUUGCUGAGCUGGAGGGCGAGUUCAUGCUAAACGAAUUCAUCACUCGGCAACGGCGGAGGGAGUUGUCAGAUCGGCUCAACCUCAGUGACCAACAGGUUAAGAUCUGGUUUCAGAAUCGGAGAAUGAAGAAGAAGAGACUGUUGUUGAGAGAACAGGCCUUAACCUUCUUUUAAGCAUUCGUUUAUUAGUAGCACCACACCAAUUAGCCACUAUGGGUUAUAUGAAAAAAGCUCAGUAUUAUUCUCAAAAGUCUUUAUUUUUAAGGUUUAAUAUGCAUAAUUUGCAUUAUAGCAAAAUGCACAAGAAAGCAAAAAUCAUUUCAGGGAAGGUGACCAAAUGUUAGCAGAAACUAUCUCACUUGAUAUCACACUUUGUAUUGUAAUAUAUGUAUUAAAGUGAAUGCAAUGUUUUUUCGUGGUGUCUAGAGAAAAUGUAUGUUAACUUGCGUCAUUUUAAAAAGACGUGCCCUCUCCACUUCGAAGAAUAUUUACUCAAAGUAAAGCUGUGAGAAAUUCAAUCAAAACUAAAGAAUAAGUCUGUAUUUAACUGGCCAUUAAACGUGCUUUGUGAGAUGUUCCGUUUAUAGUAUCAGUUACAUUAUUUACUAUUUCUUAAAACAAAAAGUAGAAUAUACUUGCUCCGAGGUCACAAAUAAUUAGCGAGGUCCUAAAGGAAGAACUCUAAAAUGUAAUUGUUCUUAAUAGCAACGCAUCGCAUAAAGACCUUGAUAUUUUCAUGAAGCUUACUACUUCAAUGGUUGUAAUUCUUAAUGCUGAUCUUUGCAACCAGGAAGGAAGAGAAGCCUAAAAACAGCGUGACGCGUAAAAUCAUGAAAACCAUAUCGUCGCCACGUGUUCUCAGGCACGUUCACGGUCAUGGGCACAAAGUCGCUGUUCAGCAGAUCUAAGAGAUUUCUUAACCAUACCGCACCUGGAAUAAAUUCUGUCAGGUGGUUGAUGCUGUUUUUUUUUUUUUAUUCUCAUUUAUUUUAGGCACAACCAGAAAUCAGAGUCAAGACUGGUAUAAACAAUUAUAUAACUGUGAUGGUAUAAAGCUGGUAUUGCCGUGUUGGUAUGUCUGUGUAUUUGGUAACACUGUGUUGUUACUGCUAAAUUACUCUUCCUGAUACCAUUAUUCAUAAUACUUGUGAAAAGUAAGGUUGGGCCAUAACUUGGACACAAAGAAUAAUUUCUUUCCUAAUUGCAUGUCCCCUAAUCCAAGUUUAGGAAUAAUAGGCCAAUUUAUUGAAUUUUCUAAAAUGCUGAGGUAAAUGCAUGAUUCACUGUCACUUGGUUAAAGGAAAAGUACCUGUUGUUUUAAGAACAUAUGACGCUAAAGCAUAUUCCAAGUUUCCUAUAAGCGAAGGUAUAAUUUUACUAGACAUUGUUUAAUAUCAAGAAAUCACAUAAGAGCAUAAUUUCUUGAUAUUACGCAGUGGAUAUUGCAUGUUAUUUAUGGUUCUGAUUGGCGCCUCUUACGUUUCAGUGUUGAGCAUGCAUUAUUUUAAAGACACUUUAUGAAAAGAGAAAAGGAAUGUCUUAAUCUUGUGAAAAAAAAGGAGUGGCUUAGAAUAGUAAAGUAAUAUUUAAGGUUUAUUAU